AAGGAUUCGUAAUCGGAACAGAUAUGCAAAUAGAAAAAUGAUCCUUUAGGCCUAUAUACAACUAAAAAUUGCCCAUUGUCUUUCAUCGCACCCCCCCCCCCCCCUUCUAUUCAUAAUUAGUUGAAAACCGACCAAUCAGAAUGCAGAAAACUAACAACCCUUUCAGCCACGACUUGCUACAUCUCGGUUAACAGGUUAAUGUAUUCACCAAAGCAGAGGACGAUUCGGAAACGGGAAAUGUGUUUAUAGUCUGCAGAAAAAGACACCGAUUCCAAAGACUGUGAUGUAUAAAGACACUGUGGACAUAGUUAUGCACAAAGAGAUUGAUUUUAAUCUAUUUAUACGUUCAUCACGGGAAUACCAAAACAAAACAUAUAAGAGAAGAAGAUGGACCUUCGAGGAAAUCAGACCAACCUUCUCAAUGGCUUACUGGGGGCCACUAGCGGAACAGAAUCCCCUGCACUGAAUGGACUAACUACCUCCAAUAUGGACAGGGUGUCUGUUCCAUCUUCGAUAGGGUUGACUGCCAUACAGGUGUCUGGAACCAAUGGGAUAAUUCUCAUCAGCCAGCCAAUCAACACAAGCCCUACUGCUUCUAGCACACUUACAUUUGCUUUGCCUGUAUCCAAUCCUAACGAAGAUGUGAAGUUUUCACCAAAUGAACUGGACAAUAUGAACAAGUUAAAGGCCCUCCUCACUGCAUCUCCUAUCAAGGUUGCCUCUCCAGUGUCCACAGCUGGCAAUGCUGGAAACAUGUUCAAGAUUUCUGGUGAUGCACCACCCCCCAUCCAAACACUAUCCAUCAACACUGCUGUCCAUCCAACCCUCACACAAGCCUCCAGUCCAUGUGCAGUCUCAAGUUUAAGCAGAUCUGAUGUGUUUCUCAGUAGUUCCAGUAACUGUGGACAAGUAAGAACAUCUAGCGACAUAUUCAUGAAUGAUCAUGGCAACAGUAAUAGGCCUGUGACAGUACAGAUGAACAAUGUGGACUCUACUACUAGUGAUCAGAUGCUGUUUCAACAGGACUCUCACAAUUCCCAGUCAAUUCUAAAUUUCACCUGCAUUUCAUCGAAGGAUGACUCCUCACAGGAUAAAACAUCUGUGCUGCAUAAUCUUCUGACCAGUGGAGUAGACUCUUCAUUGAUGGACAGUCCAAAUUCUAACUGUAGCCCGCUGAGUCCAGAACUGGGUGCUCAUAGCUCUGUUUCAUCUCCUGUAUCUUUGUUAGAAACAAACACACAAUCGACACUGAUAGCAAAAUCUGAGCAGUUGAGGAUUGAACAUGGUGAUGAUGUGAAAGUGGAAGAUUUUGCUUGGGAUGUUGUGGAUCAUGAACCAAACAAAUCUCUCAAGACCCACAGGAAUUCCAAUGCUGGGACUUCACAGGAAGACGCUGAGCCCGAGAGUUUAUUUGACGCUGGAAGUGCUGCGUCCUGCACUUCAGAGUUUACCUUCACGAAGUUUGGGGCUGAUGUGUCUCCCGUGUUUACAUUCAGUGGAGAGAAAGGAAAAGAUGAGACCAACAGCACAUCUUCAGUGAGCAUUAUCUCCUCCCUAAGACCAGACUUUGAUCCAGAUGAAAUGAAUGUUCCUGAAAUCACACACAUUCAGUUAUCUCCCAAAAUCGGCACCAAUCAUGUGACUCGCUCCCGACACAGAUUGCGAGAUCUCUCUCUGAACCAGCAGUUUCCGUGUCGUGUACCGGGCUAUGAAAUUCAGAUUUUGGACCAGCCAGAGGAGCAACAUAGGGCUAGGUACUUAACAGAAGGAAGCCGGGGAGCUGUCAAAAACAAGGCUGGGGAUGGCCAUGCUAAUGUCAAGCUGAUUGGAAAUGUGGAAUCUGCUGUGCUGUGGGUAUUUGUGGGAAAUGAUUCUGGCCGAGUGAAGCCACACGGCUUCUACCAAGCUUGUAAAGUAUGUGGAAAAAAUUCUACCCCUUGUCGUGAGCGAGAUGUAGAGGGAACAACUGUAAUAGAGAUGAAUAUGAAGACUUCAACAGACAUGAGUGUGUCGGUAGACAAUGUAGGAAUUCUGAAGCUUAGGAAUGCGGAUGUUGAACAAAGAAUAGGAUUGGCCAAGGCCAAGAAGAAGAGCACGAGGGCACGUUUGAUAUUCCGAGUGAUGUUUCAGAAAGCUGAUGGAAAUAUGCAGACACUGCAGAUCUCUUCUAACUCCAUACUGUGUACGCAACCUAUUGGCCAACCUGAGAUUUGUAAGAUCAGUUGCCGGGAAUCCCCAGUAGAGGGUGGGGGAGAAAUCUUCAUCAUUGGUAAAAACUUUAUGAAGGGAACCAAAGUUUACUUCCAGGAGAGAGAGGAUGAUGAUGAAGAAGGUGAAAUAAUGUGGCAGAAGGAGGCUGACAUUGAUAAGGAUUAUUUCCAGCAGACUCAUUUAGUAUGUACCAUACCACCAUACCAUAACUUAGAACUUGUCAAAUCCAAGAAAGUUCAGUUGGUUGUCCAUUGCACUGGUAAGGCAAGCGAUCCUACCCAGUUUACUUACACCCCAGUUGUACAACCUUCGCCGCUCACUCCUGUGAAACAACAUGAAACACCCAUGGAAACGGACACCUUCAAAAAGCGCAGAAUGUCUUUCACUGUGUCACCAGAGGCUUUGGAACUAAGUAAUCAGAUACAACAGACACAACAACAAGCAGAAAAUGGAUCAGGGAUGUUCCAGCUACCCCCGGGAACACUCAACAUGGACAUGAAGAUGCAGGUGGAUGCAACUCCACCAAAUGCCCAGCAGAACAUGGAUACAAAAGAAAAUCUGAUUCAGACACAGAUAAUGCAGCACUCUGGUAGCAUGGAGACUCCGCUUUCAAUGGGAGAUCUUAAUCAACAAGUGUUGAAUACUCCAGUUACCAUGAUGAAUACUCCUGUAAGCUUAGAGAGUUCCAUCUUCCAGCAAAGGGUAAUUACAAAACAAGAGACUAUGGACAGCCUCCUGCAACAAGGCACCCAAGUAAUGCAUCAGCAGGCCUCCAAUUCCAUGAUACAAGCUUCAAAUCCCAUAAUGCAACAGGAAAGACCUCUGACGAUUCCAGAUCAUGCUAAUGCCAGAACUGGAAAUCAACAGCAAGGAUUUGGGCUUAACAUCAACAACCUUUUAUCUCAAGGAAGCAUUACUGUUUCUCAAAUCGAAAUGGAUAAGAUCCUUAAUGCAGGUCCAACCUCAAAUGUGAGAAUAGGAAAUAUGAGCACCACUACACCGGAAAUGAUCCCGAAUCACCUGAGCGGAACUGUGGUAACAAACACUCAACCCUCCAGACAGCUGAGUCGCCAAAACAGUAACAAUUCCCUGACAUCUGUCUGUUCCAAUUCAUACAAUUCACAGACAAACAUUUUAGAUGUUCCGCACGACUUGGCAAACAUUUUACAGGAUGCCAAAAAGGAUCAUCCAGAAAACAUCGAUAAAAUGGCUGAAGCCAUUCUAAAUGAAAAAUGGAACCAGCCGGAGAUCCAUGAGCAACCACACACUCCUGCACCUGAGACAACCCCUCAGUACUCGCAAAACAGUUACCAAGCAUCAUCCAGCAUUGCCCAACUUCUGGCUACACAUUUAGCCUCUCUACAGUCAAACAGAGCCAGUUUCACAACCAAUUUUCAGACCACACCGUCUUUCCAGAACCAAAAUAACUUUAGUCAGAAUGGACAACAAAACUUUACUCCCAGUCAAGGAGUAGGUUUAGGAGGUCUUACAAAUACUGGAAUUGAUACAUCUGUCACACAAACUCUGCUGAGAAAUAUGAAUAUCCCUCUACAUAAUAUUACAUCGGUGAAUGCAGAUGCAGCUCCUGAUAUCAAAGUUCAGAUGUCGACUCCACAACAACAGCUUUUGAACAGCAAUCCUGUAACGACACAGAAUAUAAAUGGACAUCUGCAACAACAACCACAGCAACAAGCACAGCCUCAGCAACAACAAACUGUGCCCCAGAUAAUAAUCUGCAACCCACCAGCAGCAGCUGCUCAGCCUCUGGCUCAACCCCAGCACUCUGCGACUAAUAAUUUUGUGCCAAACCCUGCCCCAGCACAGUCCCCAAGUAUUGUUAUCCUUGGAGGUCAAGGUGGCAAUCCCUCCACACAGGGUAAUAAUCAACUAGAAGUUGAAAACAUCCUACGAACCGUUUUAGACAGUCUGCGAUCUCAAGGGGGCACGACUUAACACCCGAGUGUCCAUGGUUACAGAACAAAGACUGACUUUUCAGUAUUUAUUUAACAAGUUGUUUGUGAUAUGAUUUUUGUGUUUGCGUAUUGUCCCCAUUCAUGAUUUUGUCAUUACAUGUCAUAUUACAAACUGUUUGAGCCAAGCAAUGUUUAUGAUUUAUAAACCCCCUCCACAGUAGUAGUGUUUAUUUCUUUUAUAUGAAGUAUUGAAAAUGUAUCUGCUAUUUAUAGAGCCACUGAAUUUAAUUAAAACAGUAAAACUGGAAUAAAAUCAGAUUUCUAGGCACUUCAGGUGAUUAAAUAAGUAAUAAACUAAUUAUAUACCUUUACAGAAAUUGACUCAAAAGAGCCUAGAUUGCAGGUGGAGUUUGAUUUUAAUCUGACCAUAAUGUAUGGUUGUUAAGUAAAUGAAGAGGUUGUCAACAAAGAAACAAUUAAUUUUAUAAGGAAAGGUACAGAUUUGUAAAAACUAGAAUUAAUUCACAUCAUUAAAAAUAACUUUGACAUUUUAAAAUGCAUAUAACAUAGUUGUACAAAAUAUGUCUUCUUAGACAUUAAUGUAAUCUACAUGUAGAUAAUUUUGUUUUAAGUUUUGAGUAGGAGGUGGAGUAUACUGUGUCAUGAUAUGGCAGCUGGAACUAUUAUAAAUGUUUCCUUUGUAAAUAAUUUUGUAUUGUCAGUAACGAACAUUUCUUUUGUGGAUGCAUAUUUGUUUCUGAGAAGGAAGUUUUAGAAUUGGUUGAAAUGUAGUAGUUGUCAAAAUAUCAUUUGAGUUUUAGAUACAUACACAUAAAAAUGUAUAUAUACUUCAUUCAUGAAAUUGUUGAACUUUAUAUUCAUUAAUGUAACUAUUGACUACAAAUUGAAAACAAAAGACUGAGAAACAAAUUUAUAAAGAAUAGGUACAGUGUGUUCAACAUUUUUACCACUAUUUACUUUGACAUCAAUAUUGUUUGUACACAAAGUCUUUAGGCAAGAAACUGCAUGAGGAAGAGACAUUUGUGUAGGUUGAUAAAUUUAUUUUGAUUGACAGUAUUUUGUAAUAGUCGAUAUGGUUUUGGUACUGUAAUGCGGAAAUAGAUUUCUGAUUUAUUGCUUUAUUUCUUGAAUUCCCAGCAUACAAUUUACAUGAAAUCUAACAGACUUCUGAUUGUUGAUGCAUUUAGUUUUCUAUUCUUAUUGAAAUCUACUCAGCAAGUUUGUCUAUUUCAAUUUUUAAGACUUGAGUUGUACUCGCUCGUAAAUCAAACAUUUGAAAAAUAAAUCAAUUAUAGAGUUUUUAUAGUCGAUUUGACACAAAGGAUAAUUUUUAUAGGUAUACUAUGUACUUUGUGUAAUAGUUUCUGUUCAGUCAACUCAUUGUGAUAUUACCGUUUUUAUAGCAAAUAUCAAAUAGAACAUUAAGAUACAUGGAUUGGUGCUGUGUUUAUUUUUACCGGUUUUGGGGGGGGAAGGGAGGAUAAAGGAAAGUUAUUUUCAUAUUUACCGGUCAAUAUGGUAUCAUAGAUGUACAUAUCCUCUGAGAUUAUAUAUUAAUAGUGUGUGUCGAGUGGUUACUUCAUUUCGCAUUAUAGAGUUGAAUCAGCAUGGUCAUUACAUACACGUGUAUUCCUGCUUACGCCUUCGGUGUGUCAUGGUUGGUAGCACAUUGUUUUUGUAAUCUGUUGAAAUGAAGGAAAAAGAAUUGCCCAGUGAUUGAAAAUUUCAUGACCUUUGAUGCAUAAUAUGGGAAGUUUAUAAACAGUUUUUGGCUUCAAGAACAAGAUUGCAACACUCUUGCUUGUAUUGUCAAAAACCCAGAUCUGUCCAAAGUUGAUGAAAAAUAUAAAUUGGAAGAAAAACAUGUUAAAUUCUUGUGAUGUGAACUAAGAAUAUUGAAAUUUAUGCCACUAAGAAUUUUUGUGAAAUAAGUAAAUUUUGAUUUGUUUUUAGAAAAUUUGCUACAUUCAUUUUGAAAUCCUUCGGAAGCACAGUAUCUCUCUUAUCAUGCAUGACACUUUUAAUACAGGGACACUUACUUGGGCAGGUAAUUUGGGGUAUACAAGAUGUUGUUAGCAAGCAAGAUUCACCCAGAAGACUUGAUUUGAAGAUGUAGAUUUUACAUACAGUGUACAAAGUUAAGGGGUUACUGUAAUUUGUACAUAGCAAUUAAAGUUUAGUAUCUGUAAAUUUUGGGGAACUAUGAAUCUCGAGCCAUGGUCUGCCUAUUGCUUGCACAGCAGAAAAUAUCAUUUAUUUAGAGUUAGCGAAACCCUUGUAGAUACUAGAUUCACAUUUUCAGCUAUACGUAUGUAUUUGUAAAAUCCAAUCACAUGCAUUGUGUAUUGUAUUCGUUACUAAUAUAAGAAUGCUACAAUAAUUCUUGUCCAAAAGCUUUAGUCUGUCAUUUCAUUCCUCAUUGCGGUAUAUUUAGUGUUGGCCCCGAUGUUGGAGGUCAACUGGUUUGUUAUAUAUACAUUGGUUUUUUUAUGUUCUCAGCUUGUUAUAGUUUUAAUUGUUAUAUUUUAAUCAGUUACUAUGAAAUCCGACGGAACAAUGUUACAAAACUUCAUUACAAGCAUGUAAUGUAUUUUAUCCAUUAACAGAAAUAUAUUCCAUUAAAAGUAUUAACAAGGUUCCCUUAUUUUUUUUUUUUUAUUAUUUCUAGUUGAAAAAUAAAGUUGUAAGCUCAUACAAUUGAAUUUUCACAUGCUUUUUUGAAUUUUUUUCUUGGCACCUAAAUGUACUGACUUGUUACCAAAGUUAAUGAAUUGGGAACUUUUUUUUUUAAAACAGUAUGCUGCUUCCCCUAAACAACUUUGUUAUUGUAAGGAGUUUUACCUUUGUUUAUUAAAUGUCACAUUGAGUAUUAAAAAAAAAACAUAAAUGAAAA